CUCGGUAGAUGGCCUCGGUAUCGUAAGUAGUGAAGAUUGCAGCGUGGCUGUGUUCGAAUAACAUAUCAAUUAAAUCGCGCGAUUAAUUUAUCUUGAUGAUAUCGCGGUGAAGCCGCGAUCGAUCUGUGACAUCGCCUGCUUGCUGGCAGAAUUUUCUCACGAUGUUCCAGUGGUUCCAAUCACGAAUUCAUCGGCGAGUUUUCGUUUACGUUGUGAUCGUGAUGACAUUGACAGCUAUCGCGCAUGCGCAGGUGGAAACUGACGGACCAAUCAUCAGUGAGCCGCAAAAGAGCGGCGAAUACAAAUCCGAUGAAGAACUAUUCAAGAAACUAUUCGCCCAACGGCGCAAGGAUCAUAUAGAAGUUAUACAGACACUCCUAAAGAUGGACAAUUACGAGCGCCUGUACAAAAUGAUCACGGUAUUGGCUGAAAAAAUAAUGGAAGUCAUCGCAUCCAGUAAAAAUGUCAUCGAGAAGGCCGGUUUCGUGCCGGAUAACAGCUCUUUUCCAAAAGAUACCAAUGUGAAAGACGCAUUGUCUAGCAUCUUAGAGAACACCGCGCUUUUCGGGGACAUUAUUCUGCAUCUACCGGACAUUACUCACAGGAUACUGAAAAUGCAGCAAGGAUGGAAUCUCACGAUACACUGGUCCUUGAACUUCACCAAUCAGAUGCGCCACUUGCUGAACAAAUCGACCAACACAAUGAUCCACCUAGUCAAGCAAGAAAUGAAUAUCACGGAACGAGAUCCGAGCUAUUUUAAUCCGUAUAGGAGCGCUAUCCACGCUGGAUACCAACGUGAAGAUACCGUGAAGAAGAAGAAGCCUGUGAAGAAAGAAAAGCGUAAAAAGGGACCGCAGAUUGCUAAAAUCGAGUUGUGAUGAGCCGUCCUCGCUGCAAAAGGAUUCUUCUGACCGGUUCCUAAAUCACCUCAUUAAGAGUCCUACGACGUGAUGUUAAGAUCCUAGGAAAAAUGGAUUCUAUGUUUCAUCCUAUAUCACUCAAAAUUAAUAGUAAUGAGCUUCCCACAAUAGCAUAUUUCGAUAAAAA